AUGGUCGCUUCCAAAUCGUUGGUAGUGGACACGUUGUGUCGCCUGUACGCACUUGGACUGGUUGUUCUCGGCUUGUUGAUCCCCAUCACGAAUUCUUUGGCUUCGAAAGAUAAACAGAUAUGGACAACGACAUUUCAAGAGCUAUUUUACGUGGUCGAGAACUCAGUUUCGCUCGCAUUCUUCGUCUUCGUGUACCUCUAUCUCGUGAGAGGCGUCUCCCGGUUUGACUCUCCUUCAACCAGAGAAUGGGAUGAGCUCCAUAAACAAAGCAAAGAGAAUUCCCUCUCCCUUGAGACCAUCGCAACUGUUGUAUCGCUCGAUACGAGAACCAUCGAAGCCGUAACCGACAAAGAGCAACAGAAUGGUGUCCAAUACCAACAGAAUGGCGAUACGGUUUCAAGUCCGGCAAAGGUUUGUCAACUUGGCGGGAACAGCCAACUCCCGCCAGCAACGAACUUGAAGCAUGGUGAUGCCAGUUAUCCGAACUUCUACGUCCGUGUUGGAGCCGUUUUAUUUGGUGUUGGUACUCUGAUAGCAGACGGCAUUCAGCUUGCGUCGUACGUCGAGACAUGGGUGGUGUGCCCUGGUGUCCCCGUCAGCUACUCGAAACUUCUUCAGUGGACCACACAGAUCUUGUUCGUGUGUCUCCAACUGUACUUCAUCUUUAAAUACUCAAAGAUUUCGAUCAAUCGUUGGAAGGUGUUAUGCAGAUUUGGCGUGAUGCAUCUCCUGGCCACCAACAUCAACGAAUGGAUCCAUGCAGUCGUUGAGGAGAUCACCGAAGCGACGGAAGAAGAACAUCACACCGGGUCAUUAACCAAUUACACCCGGUCAGCAACAGGUUUAAUGAACGAUACAACACAUUGCGCCAGGAACACACCAACUGGGGCCAUGUUCAGAACCUCACGCCAAUACCUCUUCCCGAUGUUGAUCGAGUUCAGCCUCAUAGGUGCCGUCUGUCUCUACAAUAUCUACGAGAACAUCGGCAUGCAGGAGAGAAUCAGACGAACGACAGGCAUGCGCAGACGCUCCCAGCUGUCGUCUGCUCCUGGCCACUUGCCGCCAAAAGUGUCGGCAUGUCACAAAUCAUACAAGGGGCUGUUUUUUGGCGUCAUCAUGAUGGCGGUUGCCACCAUUUCCAUCAUCAUGUUCAACGUCUACAAGGGCGACACAGAAGAAAUAGCCGACGCCAUAUUCGGAUUAUCUGUAAUGGGUGCGAUAAUCCCGAGUAGCUUGGCUGUGUCAUUCGCCCUGUAUCAGCUGCAGAAGCUCGAAAUUCUGCCUUCUUAUAAGAGAGGUCCUGAUGAGACAUUGUUGAUGAUCACCGCUGUCGGAUUAUACGCCCAUGACGUCACUACUUUAACCGACAUAAUAUUCGCCGAGACCACACUGUCUAUGAUAUUUGUCUCUUGCAAUUGCGCAAUUUCGAUCAUCCAAAGCGGUAUUCAGGUUAUCUUCAUUACUGACGGACUCAGGCGUCGAACAACUACCCCACACAUCCUGCGCUACAAGCCAGGCAGAGAAGCUGUAGUCUUCCUUUUACUUCUGAACCUGGCUCUCUGGGCGAUGAACACAUUCAUGGCGCGCUCAGUGAAGCCACAAUCUUGGAUCACGAGCCAAGCCGCCUGGAUCAUCAUCCACAAGAUCUUUACGCCGCUGGCUAUCUUCUUUCGCUUCCAUUCCACGACUUGUCUUUAUGAAAUAUGGAACACCACAUACAAAUGGCACAAAUCGGAUGACUAG